GAUAUCUAUAUAUAUAUAUAUAUAUAUAGAUAUCUAUAUAUAUCUGGGAGAAACCAUGUGAGCAGCACAGCAGCUUUUGCUAUGAGUAUUUCCACUGUUGUAUUGACACAGGGCUUUUAUUUUACACCUUUUAACCUGGGUUAGGAAUUCAACUCAUAGUUGCUUGAUCAUGUUGGGAUACUGAGAUGCUGCCGUCAUGUCUUUCAGUUAAAUAUAAAAUACUGCAAAUAGCCGUUAGCAUAAAGCCUGGAAACCAAUACAAAAUCCACAAUGCAUCCGUUUUGUUUAAAAAUAUACUAAAUUGUCUGCGCCCCUGUUAGUUUUUCUUUUUUUUUUUUUUUUUUUUUUUUUUUUUUUUUUUUUUUUUUUUUUUUUUUUAUAAAAGAAAAUCAAGUUUCCCUUAUCCAGUCCUUAUUCAAAGAUGUUCAGCAUACAACUGUGGGAUGUAUUUCUGUCAUGUCUAACUACAGGCAGGGAAACAAAGUAUUUUUUUUAAUUUAGAAUUAUAUCUGUAAAAAAAAAAAUAUAGAAGCAAAAAUAAGACAUACAGUACUAUAUUUUUCCAAAAUGUUUUUGUUUUUUGGCAGUUCAUUUAGAAAAUGGACUUAGCUGGGACGCCAGGCAGGGAUGAUUGUACAGUAAUAUUUGUCGAGUGGUUAUAUUUGUAUUAGGGAUGCACCAAUACCACUUUUUUUUUCAGACAGAAUACAAGGACUUAUAUUUGAGUACUCACUGAUACUGAGUAUCAGUACUUGAUUAUGCUAUCACAUCUUGUAAGUGUGAUGAACGGUAUUUCAGUUUUUAAGUAGAACUGGCACGACAACUGAAGUAAUUGGUUAUCGCAACGUUGUUUACUUUACUUUACUCCGGACUGUUUUAAAGUGAGGGACAUAUAAUGUUUAUUGAUAUUUUAUUGAUCUGCUGUAGUCCUGUUUUGUUUUAAUGAGUCAUUCACAGUUUGACUGUACAGGUCUGACUCAAUUUAAACUUGCAUGGCUUAAUCUUUGAGACAGGCAUAUGCUUAGAGGGCCAAGUGAGUGCAGCGGCUGACAUGCCACAGGCUUCGCACGCAGGCCCGGCUUCCUCCAUAUCAGCUUUGUGACGGGCUCGCGGAACAGUGUGCUGCCUUCAUUGUAGACAGCGCAGCAGAGUUCAUCAUCCAUUUUCCAGAGCAUAAUUUGCAGUAUGCUUUAAUGUUAUCUUGUUGACCUAAAAGUAUCUCCACACUGUUGACAUGACUCCUACCCCACCUGCCUGCAAGAGAGUCGUCAGGCUGAUAAAGUGGUAUCUGUAUCGUAGUGUCAGCAUUUUUACAAGUACAGAUGUAUGGUAUCUGCUUAAGUACUGGCAUUGGUGCAUCCCUAAUUUUUAUGCUAGUUUGGAGGCGACUUAAAGGACAAUGCCACUAUUUAAAGGGGACCUAUGGGUUAUAUGACAUUGUUGGUUCAGUUUUAAAUGUAGUUGCAAAUUGUUGAUGUAAAUGUACAGUAACAUAACAUACAGGUCCUACCUGUAAGAUAAACGUUUUUUAUUAUACUGUCACGUCCAUAUGGUGAUAGUUUGUCAUGUGGUUGACAAUUUUAGUAGAGAAAUGUAAGAGUUUCUGCCCCCAUUCCCUGCAGGCUCCUGGAAGAUGGCCAAUCAGAUGAAAGUGGGCUUUUUGGGGAGGGAAGGCCUUGAAAAAUACUCUACUAAAUCUACUUCUUUCCCCUCACAGAAAGAAGGUGUGUGUGCGCGUGUGUAUAUGUAUGUAUAUAUAUAUAUAUAUAUAUAUAUAUAUAUAUAUAUAUAUGCACACUAUAUUCUACAGUAUAUUAAGAGGUAUAAAAUUCAAUAGUAAUGCACUGCUGGAACUGUUCAAUCUUCACUGUAGUGCUGUCAUUGUGCAGGAUCAGGAACUUGUUAAAAAAAAAAAAAAAAAAAAAAAAGACGACUAAAGCGUUUUCCAGAUUUCCUCUCAUUAAGAUGUAUUAUGAAGUAGUGAAACAAGAAAAUAAACACUUGGUCGUACUGAGAAGUAAACUUUACUACCUGUUCUUGCUCAUACGCUUUUCUCGCCAAGUAGAUUUUUUUGUUUUUCCCCCUCUGUUCAUUAUAGACACACCUCGAGCAUAGGAACCACAUCUUGAUGCAUUUUUUGAAAGGGUUGUUUUCACCUGUCUUUUCUUUUUAACUUCAAAUAUUUUAGUUCCGGUUUCUCUGUUGCCUUCCUGUCAGUACAGCAUUCCAACGUCUAUGAUGUUUAAACAAACUCUUUUGGGGUGUGAUCGGUUGGAACCUGUUUUGUAAUCGCAGAUAGAUUUUUUUCCGAGGUUUCUUCAUUAAAUAAAGUCCACUCUAUCUUUCUACUCCAAGCAUAAAGCACCCUUGUCUUUUUACUCCUAGCAGUUGUAGUACACGAUAGUGUUCACAAGAUGGUGACAUGAUUUCUACUGUGUGCUGUACUCUGUACUUGACCUAUCACUGUCCUGUUGAGUACCAGUCGAAUCUAUUUAUGCAGAGAGGCCGUUAAAGACUUGUUGGUAUUGUGGAAUUUGGUUUUAACAGUAAAUUUUCUGCAUGCUGUGCGUGUUUGAAUGCUAUUUUAUUUCCUUGAGUGGGAAUGCAAUUUUGUUGCACUUUGUUGAUUUUGACUACUAUGUGCCCUGCAUUUCCGCUAAACUGGAGUGUCAACAUCUCUGUUGACAAAACUACCAGCACACCCGCCAGCCUAGUGAAGAUAAGCGGUACAGAGAAUGGAUUGAUGGUUACUUGACCCUAUUCAGCCACACGAUGAAACGUCAAGUCGCUUUGAUGCAGUGCACCACAGUACUAAAUAUAUUUUACACCAAUGUGUAAUCAAAAAUCUGCUCUAUAUAUAGCCAUCAUUGUUGCAUUAGUACAAGUAACUUUGCCAAAAGGCCAUCUCAUGAAGUGUCUAGUGGGUGUUACUUUUACAAUUGGCAAUUAGGGUACCUCACAGAUUUUCCCACCUGCAUGCGGUUCGUCUGGACGCACGGUUGCCAUGGUAACAUGUUUUCCGUCUUGGAAGAAAUCCCGCGCUGAUAAAGGUGACAUAUAUAUGGGGUUUGUUCUUGCUCUGUCUUGUUUCCAGCGACAGGAGACGUUUGAACAGAUGCCCCUGAACUACACUUCGGAGAACCGGACCAACUCUUUGUUCGCGUCCAAGCUGAGCGCCGCUGCUGACAUUUGCGUGGGACUUGCCAUCCUCUCCGUGGGUUGUGUGUGAGCUGACUUUGGGCAAGAGGCAUGAAAAAACAGGUCCACCCUAUAUUGGUCACCAGCCAAUUGCAGAGAUAAUUUUUGAAAAAAAAAAAAAAAAGUUUAAAGUACUACAUUACCAGUACAUUUAUGGGGCAAAAAACAAGCAAACAGAAUUUCAUAGUAUUUUGAUGAGUCCUCAAAAGUUAACAGUAUUUUCUAUUUCAUGCUUAAAAUUGUUUUGUGUAUUUGUAUUUAAAAAUGUGUUUUAGUGAGUUUUAAGUAAAGUUAGCUGGAAUAGGCUCCAGCACAUUCAUGACCUUAAUGAGGGCCCAUCAAUCCAACCACAUAGAAAAUGGACAGAUGGACGACAUUGCCCCUGUAAAAAAAUCAGUAAUUGUCCUUGGAUUCCGGUUGCACAGUGUUCCUGUCAAUAAUGGGCAACGGCAUGGUUCUGGUGAUCUGCUAUCGCCGCCGCAAGAAGAUGGUGGGCACCGAGCUGCUGUGCGUCAACCUGGCUGUGGUGGACUUUCUGUGCUGCAUCUGCUUCUACCCGCUCUCCAUCCUGUCAUCCUUCCACCAUGCGUGGCUGGGGGAAAACGUCACGUGCAUCUACUAUGGCCUGGGCUGCUACAUCUUUGGCCUGUGCGGCAUGUUCACCAUCGCCGCCAUCAGCAUCAUCCGCUACUUAAAGACGUGCUACAGCUUGGUUUAUGCUGUGUGGCUGGAGAGCGGCAAUAUCAGAAUGGUGUGCUGUGUUAUCUGGCUAGUGGCUGCAGUGUGGUCCAGCUUCCCUCUCUUUGGUUGGGGCGAGUAUGUCCCUGAGCCCUACGGACUGUCCUGCACCGUCGCCUGGCGAGGCUACCACACCUCAGCCAAGGACGCCUUCUACGUCAUCUGCUCCUUCGUGUGCUUUACGCUACUUCCUGUCCUGCUCAUCGUGAUGUCCCAUUGCCAGAUCCUCUACAAGGUGUCCCGCUUCUCCUAUUCGCUGUCGGCGCGAGGCAUCCAUAACAACCUGCGGCAUGCUGAAAAACGAUUGUCUAUGAAACCCCACAGCACAGCGGGAGGAAGCUCCCCACGAGACGCCAGCAUGGAUUCUUCGUAUUGCGGAGGCAUCGCGACGAGGAGAGGAAGCUACGACGAAGCUGGAACCUCUCUGCGUCCUCACUUCCGAAAUAUGGCUCAGAGACGUCGCUCUGCCCCGUCAUUGGUUUUGGGGAAGGCUUUGGGCAUGCCGUGGUCUCCAAUCAGGGAGGAGACCUCCUGCUGGGUCUCAGUGGAGCACAGUCCGUUCGUCCACGGCCUCACCAGCGAGAACGGAGAGCUGCUGCUGGACGAGUGCGUUCACGUGACGGAGGGCACAAAAACCAGAGAGCGACACCUCUUCCUUUUCGGUGACGUCAUCGUCUUCGCUAAGAUCAAGUCGACAUCCAGCUACCGUGUCGAACACCGAGUGAAACUGGAGGACGUUUGGCUUCACGCUUUCCAAGAUGAGGCCGAGCACGACGAGGGAACGGCGGAGGACGCGGAUCUCAGCGUGACCCUCGCCUUGGCUUGGGGCCUCACUUUUUGUCUGGUGUGUUUUUGUUCUCCUGAGGUGAAGGCACGCUGGUUUGAUACCCUCCACAGUAAAAUACAAGAGGCAAGAGCCAGGGCUGGUUGUGCUUCUUCUUGUCCAGACAUCCUCAUGAAAGUAUUAGGUGGCAUCACUGCAACGAAAAAUCUCAUCGGAGGCGGCAUGGAACUGUUUGUCAACUUUGAUGGAGAUGUAAAUACUUCGGCUGUGUCCCAGUUGUUGAAUAACCAAGAUGAAAAGCUGUUGCAGACACUUGAAACUAAGUGGAGCUUGGUGAGGAAGCUGAAGAAGGGCUCGAGUUUCAUCAGCAAAGCAACUCAGUCAGACGCCAAGACUCAGCUUUUUGGACGGCCCCUCUGCAAAGUGUGUCCGGAUGACAGCUCUCUCCCUAAACCCAUCACAGAGAUGCUGGUGUUGCUGAGGAAAAGGGGGCCGUCCACAGAGGGAGUGUUUCGGAAGCCGUGCAAUAACAAGAACAUGAGGGUCGUCAGGGAUCGGCUCGACGGCGGCCUGGAAGUGGACAUGAAGGCGCAGCCUGUCGCUCUGUUGGUCGGGCUGCUCAAAAGUUUUCUGAAAGACCUUCCUGGGAGCCUGCUGGUGUGUGAACUUUACAAAGAGUGGAUGACUGCUCUGCAGAGGGAAGAGAGCCAGCAGAGAGAGCAAGAGCUCAGAAGAGUGGUAAACAAGCUCCCCGGUCCCAACAAACUCCUCCUGCAGUACCUCGCCUGCGUCCUCUAUCACAUCCUUGAGAAUGCUGACCACAACAAGAUGGACGCCUACAACCUAGCGGUGUGCAUCGGCCCGACCUUGCUGCAAAUGGAGGUCACGCAGCUUGAAGAGCAGAAGGAGACGAUGAAAAAGGUCACAGAGCUCACUCAAUUCCUGAUUGAACACUGUGAGAUCCUUGGAGAGAAUAUCCCACACCUCCUGGAUACAGAUGAAGACUCCGUGUCCUCCCAGCAUCACGACUCGGCGUACGACAGUACCGAUCCGGACGGAGAUGGGGACGCCGGGGGAAGCGGAUCGUCUCCCUCCCUCAGCCUCAGCGUCACCAUUUCGACAUGUUCGUCCGACGCGAUCUUCAAUUCCAAGCCUGCCUUCAACCGUCGCUGCUCCGAGCCCAUCAUCCUGCCCUCGGUCGACGCGUUGAACCUCUGCGGCCAUUCCAGGAGCCACGACGACUGCUCCGUUGAGAACUUCGCAGAGCAGCCUUUGAAAAAGCAGAUCUCUGAAGAUUCCUUCUGGCAAACGGGACAAAGAGGAAACCAGCGGCCUGGUUUGUCUUUUUCAAAACUGAGCAGCUGCUCUAACAUAGACCGGCUUAGCUACACCGGGAAUCAAGUCACGGGCUGCUCUAGCUCUUCCCUCGAGAGCGCGGCCUCCAACCAAUCCGAGAGCUCCGUGUUCACCAGCUCGCCGGCAGGCUCGCCACCAUGCUCCAGGAGAACAAGCCACAACAUCGUGGAUCCGCCGAGGCCUGAGGAGGACUCACCGGUGUUGAUUUCAAGUGAGACCAAGCGUUCAAAUUCGUUGAGAGCUGCCUGUAAGGUCCUGAUGCGCACCAGGAGCUUAGGAGCCUUCAGCAGGAAUAGCCUGAAGAAGGAGCACCAGAAUGACAACGCCUUCCCUUGUGGAACGCUCCAGGAGGACUCUCAGAGAGAAGCGCUCUCUCCGACCGAGCCCAAGCAGCGGCCCCUGUCAGCCAUCGAAGUGUUCAGGCUGGUCGACAGUAGGCUGCCCUGCAGGCCGCCUCCGUACGAGCAGGCGGUGCACAACGCGCCUCUUGUGCCGCGUUACGGUUCCAUGACUGUAUAUGACGCCGUUGCUCUGGAAAGAAGAUCCCGCCCGUCUUCUGGGAAUUAUUCCUUCCCGCCGAGCUACUUCGACAACCGCCGCACUGACGGUUGCAAGCGAGAAGCACAAGAUGAAAGUGCAGAGGGCAACCUGAUCUCCCGCCAGAGGGCCGUGUCCGAGUCCGUGUCCGCAGCGGGUCAUCGGGAGGCCGUAUCACGGAGAUGCAGCCAGUCUGCGUUUGAGGAAUUUCCAUAUGCUAAAGAGUCCUAUGUUUGACUGAACAUCAGACGGCUGCACAUACAGUAAAUGACUAAUUAUACUCAACCCAUGUCUUCGAGGCACACAACCCAUAGCUUUCGGGCCAGUUUUCACUCUGUGUGUUCUACUUUUGGCUGGAAUUUGAUUUUCCCCCGAUAAUUGUGCCUCAGCAGGACAUUGUGCCCCCAAUUGCUCCCCCACGGUUCAGUCAUUUUGGACUAUGACAUAACGCUGGCAGCCUCAUGACAAAGGGACUGUGUUUCCAGGCUGCAGCAAUUGGAAAUGAGCUUUUCUUUCUCUCUCCCUGCAGUCAAACUCUGCUGGAGAAAUGCGUGUUCAUAUAAUGCAAUUGGUUUAUUGUUCUCUGAAUUCCGUGUGCUACAUGUAUACCACAUAUGUAUAAAUGUUUACACAUACAGUAGAUGCCAUUCCUGAGUAGUCGUAUUACUACUUCCCGAGUAGUACUAUUAUUGAGUACAAAUGUACAGUAUUGAUACAUAUUUAGUCCAUCAAAAUGAAGCUAUUAAAGUAUGUUUGUCUGUUUGUUUUGAUUGUAAUAUUUAAUGCAGUAAUGUGCAAAAGUCUUUGGCCACCACAACCUGUGUUGUUUUAAUGACGGGCAUUUUGAUAUAAAAAAAAUGGGAACAGUUUUUUUAGUGUGCAUUUUUAACUAGUAAAUAAUACUGAUUGUCAUGUACAGUCCAGCUUCUUACAAGCUAUUGAAGUAUAAUAAUGUGUAUGGAAAAUAAAAGUGUACUAAAGGGGUGGGGGGUUUGUCACACUAAAUGCUUUUCACUUGAGCCUUUUUUCAGUUUUUUUGUAUCAUCUGCUUGUAUCCAAUUGAAGAGACAAAUAUGGUAAUUUUUGCAAAGCUACACAACACUAUAAUAAUGGCCUUAAACUUUUGCACUUUACUAUAUUUAAAUACAGUCGUGACUUAAGUAUGUGUUUUCCUUGCUUGUUGUAAUGGCCUUCUUGUUCCACUACAUUAAAUGAUAUUGUUGACAAUAA